GUACUCGCACAGUUGGAUUGAUGUUAGUUGCCGGCAUUCCAACUGUAACGUACUGUACUGGGCUCACCCGGAUGUUCUGUUCUUUGGUGUCCUGACCCCAAGAGUGCUCUGAAUUGUGGCACGACUGAGGCACAUAACAUCACUAAAAGAAAGAAAGAGGAAGGCACGAGUCAUCUGAUUUGUAGGACAAAGUUCAUCAAGUGGGACAAGCAGUUGGCCUUCCAGCUCCACCUGUACUAAAGCCCUUACAUAUCGUUCCAUGGUUAUAUUCUGCAAGCAGCAGUGCAAGAGAGAGAAUACGUGUAAAAGAAGACAUCCUCUUUCCUGGCCAAACUGGAAAAUCAGGGUGCUUCAUCGUCUGUCAUCCAGAGUGCACUGGUUUUCUGGAUAAGGGACUCCUACGUAAUUUGGAUUUCCAUACUAGGAAGAAAAUGAGGCAAAUAACCCCGAAAGCGAAAAGGCAUACAGACACCCUAAAGACAAUAAGAAGUGCAGAAGCGCACCACUUAGUGCCAAUGCAAGGUGCAAAGCACAACGCCAGGAGCUUUUCAAAACUUUGGGCCACUCCUAAAACUUGCCGCCGCCCGUUGCCAUUCAUGGCUACACAACAAAAGCAAAAAGGAACGAGGCUCCAGCAUCGCUUGGAGAGAGCAGAAGAUCUUAAUAAGAAGGCUGACAAACUGUUAUGCCAAAACCUGAUUGAGAUUGAGAGGAAGUGCCUUAGACAAGUGGCUGAAGUGAACCUGGAACGCAAGAUGUUAUGGAAGGAGCUCAAGCAAGUCCAAACUGAUGUGACGCCUUCAUUGGAAAGCCUUGAAAUGGAGCUUCCUCCAGAUCUCCCUGACUUAUCAAGGAAACGCUAUUCCCUCCCAAUACUUGGUACACAUGGAUGUGAAGCAGGAGGGGAAAGCAGAAGAUACUGGUCUGGGAGGCGUAGCUCCUGCUCAUCCGAACUUCAAAGGAAAGUAUCAAACUUUAUCACCAAGGUGGAAAGAUUCAAUAGUUUUGACUCAGUCGGACUCUUGACAGACGAUGGGAAAGAAAGUACGGGACAAAAACAAGACUUACAGGAUACGGGGAAGGCCCCCACUGAGAUCACUUUAGAUGAUGUGAAGAGUUGCAGGUACAUCAGCCACAGAAACUCCAUCCCCAGAUUUGAACAGGAGCUGAAGCUGGAAGAAAUAUUUAGUGAAGAUGAAACAAGCUUGGACUAACAAGUCUGCAUUAUAUUUCUUGCUUUCUAUUCAGGGGCAUAAUAUUGCACUAUUGAGCCCUUCCACCACCCUAGGGUGGGGUAAUGGGAAUGUGUGUCUACUGUGGCCACAAGGAAAGGAGGUGCCAGA